AGCCCAAGCAGCAAUCCUCACCAUAGAGUAGAAGAAACAAUUCAACAGUGUAAACAUCAGCCUAUCAAAUCCCUUAACCAUUACAUGACACAGUUACAGAACACACGAUUCUCAAAUACUGUUCCUAAUUGUCAAAAAAAGUUUGACGCCCAAGAGACACAGCUCUGUGGAAGCCACUUCAAUAAAAUCAGUCAUAAUGACAUUAGUUUGUCAAAACUCAAAAGUGUCGAAAUGGGCAACUGCUUUUACGCAUUUUAUGAGAGGUUCUGCGAUUAUCCUUUGAAGAAGUCGAGGUCUUGCGCUUAUCAUCUGCCAUUUCCAGGACAAGAAGACUCCAUCAAUAAAGAACAAGAUGAUGGCAGUCGGAUUAAAACCCAAUACGAAGAGGUCAUGGAUGAAUUCAACAGAUUGCUUCUUGAAAAACGAAUUGAAAAUCGUUCGAAAGUGAAAGGGCAGACAUGGGAGGAAAAAAAUAUCCUUACCCAGUAUCCGGAAUGGAAUGAAUCUACAAUUUCCUACCUGCAUAGUCUUUUUGUAUCUUUCUGUGAUGACAAGAAUAAGCAAAUCGACUUCAAGUCAUUUUCAUGUAUUUUAGAAUCUUUGGGAGACGAAUCAUCAAUGGAAAGUAGAAAGCAUAAGUUUGAAGAAAUGGAUCAGGAUCAUAAUGGUUACAUAGAAUAUACUGAUUUCCUUUACUUGGUAUAUAACUUUAACUCAAUCAGAGGAGCCAAAGAAACUUCUUUGAGAGUGCUAUGCCUGAAAAUGACUGAAAAAAUCAAAGCCGUCGAACGUUUAUCCAUUGGACAACAACUCGAAUAUGGAUUAUUUUAGUUCUAUUAAGUAUACAUUCGUCCUGUAUUAUUCCAAUGUAGUUGUAGCAAACACACAAUAUACAUUGAAAGUGCC